AUUUGAUGUCGCUUCUUCGGAAAGGAAAAUCGUCUCGAAAAUUGUCUGAGCCAUAACAAGAAAACUCUUGGAGAAUAUUACUGAUUGUGUCAUGAUUUAGAGUAGGCAUAAUGGCUCACUCCACCCGGGGUCUGAGAAGGAUUGCGCAGUGUGCACACGCGGCAGUGCACCCACCAGGAUUUUCCGUGGAGACGGUAUUUUGGCGGGCUCGCGAAGAUUCGCAAUCUUCAUCGGGCCUCGCAAAACGGCGGGUCACACAGGCCGAAGGAGUUCAGUGGUUCAUUCAGUUAGCAAAGCAAUCCGCACCAGAGCUCGAGGUGUUUGAGCUACCGCGCUAUUCCACGUUUCCGCUUUUGAUCCGUCGCCGCAAGGCAAUCGACGCUUCCGUAUUCGAGGGCGCGUGGAGUCCAGUCCAAGUUCGCGCGACAACAACUUGGCAGCGGCAGCUCGGCGUGGAUUGGGAGCAGGCGUGCACAGAAGCAGAAGAAAAGAAAAGCGGCGGCUGGUAUUAUUACGGUUUGCGCGAUCUAUCCAUCCAAGGAGAUAAUCACCUUGUUGUAGCUUCGUUUUCAGUAGGAAACUGGCUAGCUGAGAAGCAAAAGAUGGAAGCGCGCGACCUUUAAGAGUACGUGAGCAACCGCACUGCUUACCGAAGACACCCUGAUGUUCCCUGUAUUGUUAUGUCGCCGUUCUCGAUGUCGUGUUUUGUAUUCGCGGAAUCAGCAAACAAAGCCGAGCUCCGCGCGAGGCCCGGUAGCGAAAACGAGAUCGAUCUAAAGACGCCUGCAGGCUCGGAAGCGCUUGGUAUCUGGUUACGCUCAGUAUACUCUCCGACGGCCUCGAUGCACGCUUUUCUGACCGAGAGCCUGGAAAGCCUUUUCGUCAAAUCUGGUAUGACAGCAGCGAUUCGGACGCACCGCAUAUUCUUGUUGCAAGUUUUUCAGUUGCCGAUUUUGCAGAAAAUCGUAUUUCGACAAAAAACGCUCAGCGAGACGGCUUACAACGCGACGCUUUUCGGCCGAAGAUUGCUUAUACGCGGAGCAACGAGGCGUAAUGGAGCACAAGGAGGGAGACGGUUGCACUAUUCGUUCACGCAUCAGCGGCAGACGCCUCUUUGCCGCAGUUCAUGCGGAGUAGACUACUUUCUUCUCAUGGUUGAGUCGAAGGACAGUCCCGGAGUUCUUGGCGGAAUCGGAGUUAUACCACUUGCGGCGAUUGAGGAACCGAGUCGACUUCUCAGAGAAAGAAGGGCUGAUGGAGAUCUUUGGCUGAAACAGCAACCGGUCCUUGCACUUGAUGCCUCCGAUAACAUCGUCGGAGGUGAUUUUCAGGGUCCCUUCGCUGAAUUUUUCUUCCACUUCUCACAGCAAAAUACCUCGAGUCACCCACCAUUUGAUCGGCGGGUUGCUUCUUUUCUACACAAUAUUUUCACAACUUGGGACCACCGUACGUGCGGCGCAUGAAGAAACGAUGUGAUUGAGGAAACCGUCUCUGCAAAAUACGAAACUAAAUUUCAUGGGAACCCAACAGUAUUAGAUUAGGAUCCAACAGUAUUCUAGACCC